UUAAAAAUGUAGAAGUUAUUUCUCAUUAUAUUUAUGAUUAGAAAUAGGACCGAAGAAAAUAAUUAAGUAAGGCUGCAACUAUUGCUUAGAUAAGAUAAAAUGACUAAAACAUUCCAGAAAUGUAGGCUGUGCUUAAAACUUGGGGAGUUUUGCUCAAUUUUUGAUGAUGAUGGUACCAUGAAAUUGUCAAACAUGGUUAUGGCUUUUGCUGAUGUUCAGAUACAUGAAGGUGAUGGUUUAUCAGACAGAGUGUGCACAAGUUGUGUGGAAAAUUUAAGCACUGCUUAUUUGUUUAAGCUACAAUGUGAAAGAACAAAUACUUUACUUCAUAAAUGUCCUGAAGAACAAAUGGAAAAACGUAUCUCUACAAACUUUGGUGAGUUUUACAAUCAAGAAUUUCACAUCCAUUCUGAUAAUGGAUUAGUUGAAGGAGGAAACAAUCAAAAUAAUGUUGGAGAUUAUAACUUUGAUGCCCACUUGAAGACAAUUGAUGAAAUCAGUGAUGAAACUGACAGUGAUGUGGAUUCAGUUAAGUGUGUGUAUUGUAACCAAUCAUACAACCAUUUUGGAGCGCACACUUGCAAUGUGACUUGUACAAUUGAACGAAAUGAAUUGCAGCAAUCGGGCACUGGUUCCGAGAUUGGAUCAGGCAGUGAUGAGACACUUGUUGCCACUGAUAGCAGUCCACCGUUUACACCUAUCAAAAGUACAAAUUCCAACAAUCAGCCAACACGUGUUAACGUACAAUGUGUGCUCUGUGAAGAGAAAUACGAUAAUUACGAUGAUUAUGUUAUUCAUAUUAACAGAUGUACAACGAAUGUAAAAUUACAGCAUUACGUAUGCCCAUUGUGCCAUGAAAUUCACACAGAAAAGUUGGUUUAUUUGGAACAUUUGAAAGAUGCUCAUUUUAAAGUUGUAAGAUCAAUGUAUGACAGUGGAGAGGACUGUGUAGAUUCUGUUCCAAUAUUAGAAAAAACAAGAAAGCCUAAAGUCGUGCGUCGCCAAAUCGGUUGGUCAAUCGAAGAUAUCUAUCAAGAGAUUGAAUGCAAAAGAGUAGAUGAUAAAGAAACACCGAAAUCCAGUCCAUUUAAAUCUUUUCUUUCAAAAAUAGGGAGCGAAACAUCAAGCAAGCAUAGCACUCCAAAAAAGGUCACAUUCCGUAAUUGGAUUGAAACAAGCAAAGCAAAAACAUCAAACUAUUUUCCAUUUCGUAAAUACAUAGAGAAUUAUAGGCUUAAAAAGAAAUCAAAUAACUAUGCUCCUAUAAACUCUAAAUCAGUCACAAGCACAAUAAGGGCCACAUUUCCUGAAGCAACUUCUGAUAGUGACUAUAAUUCUCCAAGUGGUACUUCUGAAGAUUCAUGGAAAAUGAAACAGAAUUUGAUUUGUGCUUGUGACAAAAAAGUGUUUAUGUUAUCUGAGCUUAUUCAUGAUCGUGACCGGAUUGUUGCGAUGAUCAACGAAUUAGGCGGAGUAGUAGCAGAGAAUACAAAAAUGGAGAUGAUGGCAACACAUUUUAUUUCAAUGUUGCCCAAUGAUACAUUUACGGGUAUGAUGGUGUGUUCCCUUGCCACGGGCAAAUGGUUGCUUCACGUUAGUUUCAUAUACGACAGUUUCCGGUGCAAGAAAUUCUUACGUGAAGAUAUGUAUGAAUGGUUAAAACAUCCUAAAAUAGUUGAGUUGGACGCCACAAACGUGGAAGUUGCGAAGGCGGCGGUUUACUGGCAUCUAGAGUUACAAGCUUUGGGCGCCAAGUAUCCUUUUGAAGGGAAACAAAUUGUUUUAAUAAUGAGAAAAAAAUAUAGACAAUAUUACCAGAUGAUCUUCAAGUCUCUAAAAGCGAAAACCUUGACGUAUGAUCCAAGGACCCCGGGCAGCUGUUGUUCCGCCGAUUUCUGUUUUGUCGAUAUGAAAAUAAUAGAAAGAGUAAAACUUCGCUUUUUCUUCCACCAUAAUGUACCUGUUUUUCCAUAUCAAUUUAUUUUGGUCUAUCUACUGAAGAAAGGUCGUGUUGAGGACCAACAAAAGUACAUGCUUCAGGAUACCGCAAAAUUUUUACCUGAAGAAAAAGUUUGUUUCUUAAAUAAUACAUUUUAAGUUUUGUACUGAUUUUUAAAACUUAUUUUUUAAUGUUAAAUCAAUUACUUGAUUUUAUUAAUCGUUUAUAUUUACUUGAGGGUGCAUGG